AUCCGUCACUUAAUUAUCAUCAUAUUCCUUUUGAUCGUUCCUACCAGGAUUUUUCAUUCACAACAUAAAAAUAAAUCAAUGGUUUCGAAGGCGAAUUCUAUUUAUAGAUGUGGGAGAAAUAGAAACGACUAAAAUAGAUCCAUUCGUGUGAACUCGGGAUUUUACAUUAGCUCGUAAAGCACCUGUUUUGUCGAUAAGUGUCUGUGACGUCAAUGAUCACUUUGACGUAGGCCGGAGAUAUUUAUAAACAUUAGAGAUAGUGUGUGUGUUCAGAUUUUAAAGAAGAGUGGAUCGGAGCGGAUUGAAUUUUAUUUUUUAAGUGAUGCUACCGGUAGAGAUUAAAACUUCCGAGCGGCAGGUUCCACAAGUAAAUAAUAACUUAAAAGAAAUCAUUGUGCCAAAAUAUUUGGAGGGGGUUGUCCCCCCAAUAUUCAACAAAAAUAAGGACAAAAUUCGGCCUGUUAAUGCAAAGUCAAAAACAAACACGAAAGUUUGGAAGCAUUCGCUGGACUUAAGUGGAUUCAAACCGGAGGAAAUUCAGGUGAAUUGUUCGGACUCUAACACAGUUUCCGUGACAGCAGAAAAAAUUAAAAGCAAUGACCAGAAAGGAUUUCAGCUGAAAAGAACAGUGUUUGUCCCAAGGGGAGUGGACAUGUGCAAUAUUUCCAGCUUUGUGUCCGAUGACGGAAAGUUGGUGAUUCAAGCCCCGUAUCAGCGUACCCCGGCCAGGGAAGGCUGUCAAAAAUGUUCUUUAAAAAGAAAAUUGAAUGAAAGUACAGAAAAAUCUCAGGGAUACAUUAAUGCCAAAAAGCUUAGGACUGAGUCAAUCGAUACCACAAACGGGACAGAAAAUCAAUGUGGUUCAGAGGCUGGUAUUGCGGAGGCAGACCGACGUCAUCAAAGAGGCGCGAUGUCGUGUCCCCCUACCGGAAAUACCCGGUCACGCGGUACAGGAAAGGAAGAGGAAGAAACGGUACAUAUUGACCUCACUGAACCCGAUACCUCACCCACAUCCAACAUGUCUAACUGUAAAACUAUAAAUUCCAAUAACGACAAAAAUCCAUCCUUACCUGAAUCAAAUUCUGCCAAAACUCACGCUUGCCCUCCGUCCCCUAAAUCUCAGGUAAACUCAGACUCCUCCCCCGCCAAACCGUCCCCCGUGACGUACAGCAAUGCUGCCAGGUCUGUGAGCCCGGCCCCUAAGGUCCUGGGGAUAAGUGAGGGGUCAGACGUCUCCUAUAAGGACAUUGGUCGACUUCCGUCCGUCCGGCGCCAGUCCGUCGUCCUGAAUGUCCCCAUUGAGAACUUUUUCCCUGACAAGGACGACAUCGUGAUAUCGUUACAGGGGAACACGCUCAAAAUAAAGGCCACCAGGACCCAGCAGGUCAAGCAGGCCAAACUCUCAGAACUGUUCGUCAAAGAGCUCGUGUUUCCUCCCCACUUUGACUGUCGCUCAGUCCAACUCGCCCGGGACCCUAAGGGGUCUUUGAUAGUCACCGUGGACAAGUCUCUAUGAGUGUGUGUCUGUCUGUAAUGUAGAUGUAUGUAAUUGUGUUGAAAUGAUAU